AUGUCCUACUUUGGAAUUGAGUCAGCCAGCGAUAGCAGAGUGGGGACUAUUCACCACGAUGCUUUGAAGGAUGUUAACUCCUUUCCGAUAAAUUACAACUCAAGCCCAUUUCCAUCUGUUCGGUCAUCCUGUGACAGAAUCACUCGGCUUCCCAUAUAUCUUGGGUCCACACAGACUGGUUGUCAGAUCUGCACUGAUCGCAGUUCACUGUUGGUCCCAGUGAUGGACUCAGCACACUAUGUGGAGACCGAGUAG